ACGUGGGAAGCCCGAUCACGGAGGGCCACGGGCACCAAGGACUCGGUUCGCGGCGCCACGGCAACCUGCGCGCUCACCCCUCCGCAGCCGGCGCGCUCCCUGCUGCGCCAGUCAUCGCCGCGCGCCCGCAGCAGCCCCACUUCCGCUCGGGGGCGGGGCGUCGCCAUGGCGGCCGGAGGCCGGGCCAGGCGGCCGGAGAAGCCGCGAUGAGGGAUGAAGAUGAUCUCGCGAUACACGCGGAAGCCGGUGCCCCCCGACGCCCUGGAGAUCCAUGGACUUGCAAAACAUGCUUUAGAGCAUCAUCCCCUGCCAGAGCCACUAGAUGACAUUUACACAGCCACUCCAGCCACUGAAAGCUAUGAAGAAGUCUUGAGGGAGUCUGAAACCUUGAAGGAAUCAAAUUACCCAGAUAUUACUCCAGCUGACAAUGGGAGCUCAUGGUCUGCUAGUCAGAGUUACACAGGCACCUCCACUGAAGACAGCUCAGUCUUCUCUUGGGGCUACGAUGAAUUUGAUAAAGCUGCCACACGACAAGUUCAGCAGAUGUUCAGACACAUUGAUGAGCUUUUAUAUGAACAGAAAGAAAGUGUGCAUGUUGAGGGUCUGCAAGAAGAGUGCCAACAAUGGACAUCUAGCUUUCCUCAUCUCAGGAUUUUGGGGAAGCAGGUAGUAAUCCCCACAGAUGAAGGUUUUGGGUGGUAUUCAAGUUCACCUUCUAGCAGCUUAGGUUCAUUGGAUGUCAGCCCAGUACAAGAAAGAGAUUCUAGUGAGUUUAGUAUUUUGGGCAAGAAGAUACCUCUGUGUGUUACUCCCGUUCAUAAAGAUGUUGACUUUUCAAAACCUCCUACUGUUAGCUCUGUGGAGAGUGAAGAAGGUGAAGAUGGAGUAAUUGUCUCUGAAGGAAUAAUGGAGGAAUAUUUAGCAUUUGACUGCAGAGAUGUGGAGGAAGAGUUGCAUGAAAGGAAAAUGGGACUCUCAUCUGACAGACAGAAAUUAGGUUUCCCUCCUAUAUCUCCAUGUUACUGCAUGAAGGAUGCUGUGCUUACAUAUGUGUUUGAUGAUGUGUGGAGUGAAGUCCUGGGCUCUGUGGAGGAAUUAAUCUGCCGGCACUGGGAAGGAUCAGUCUCCGAUGAUGAGAAAAAUGUCAUAACUGUAGAAACAAUGAGAAUAGAUCCUGGAAGCCCUUUUCUGCAGUUUGAACCUCUGCCAUUGGUGUUACCUCGAGUGCCACAAGCUAAAAUGCCCUCCAUCACCUCAAAUUUGUGCCCACAACCCAGAUGUAGCCGCAAAACCAAAAAGAGGAGAAAAUCACCUCAAAUAAAUGUCUCUCAAGGAUCAAGUGGUGGCCCUCAACAAAAUCUGAAUGGUUUGAUGGUGAUACAUGGGAUCCACUUACAGCAAAGGAAUCUGCCUCUAAUAGAGAAAAUAUUAGAUCUGGAUGACAAACCACUAUUGAGGCCAGGCUCCAGUUCCAUCCUCUCAACAAGAACUCGACCAAAUCGCACUCUAGAGCUCAGUACGUCUUCUCUGUCAUAUUCUGCUCAUUCUGCUAGAAGACGCAACCCACCACCACGCACCCUGCAUCCCAUCAACACUAAUCACUCGCGUUCGGGGACACCAAGAUCCAUGGAUGAAGUCAUCAGGGGAACACGACUUCCUACUGCACAUGACCAGCUGUUGUCACCAUCCUUAAUGCCCUUGAGCCGAAAUAAUCUUCUGCCACCUAUUAGUACUGCUGACGUGGUGGAACACUUGAACACCGUGAGAUCCCAAAGACAAACGGAAGCCCGAGGGAAUUCCAGUCGAGCUCAGAGUGCAAUGGAAGAUGAGAUUAACCAUCAGCAGCCACAGGAGAGGCUUUUCUUACCUGAUCAUUUCUCCAGGCCUAAUACAACACAUGCAUUUUGGCCCGAUCCACAGUAUCACCGUUCUUGCACAGUUAUUGAUUAUGCUAAUCAACCCCGGACCAGUAGAGGAUCAGCAGGCACAGUAGGACUUCAGCUACAUGGUUCUGGAAGAGCUCACAGCAGAGGUGGAUCAGUUACAAGAAGCAGACAAGGACUAUAAUAAAUAAUGAACUCUCACCGUGAUGCAGUGAGCACAUCUGGAUGCUCAUGAAACAGUGUUGAAUCUCAGCAAUAUCAAACUUGUUUACAGAAGAAUUUAAGAACAUCUUCAUGAAGGAUCUUAUUUUUGUAUGUUAUAUUUUUAAAAAGCAGCUGCCAAAGACUAUAGGGUACUCAGCACAUUUCAGUUUUCUUCCUGUAGACCAGGUUUUGCUAUUCUGGUGAACACUAAAGCUUGUAUCCUAAAAGUCUACCAAAUUUUCCACUAAACCAUUGCUAAUAUUUUUCAUAUUAAAAAGGACUAUUGGCUCAGGACUCUCUGCUUCCCAUUACUGCAGCAGUGGCACUACUGGAACAGUUGCCUAAGGGCUAACUUUGUGAGAGACUAUUGCACUUUUCACAGCAAUCUAUUUACUAUAUAUUAAAAGUUUUUUUUUAAUAUUAAUUACUACAUUGAUAUUUCUGGCAUGAUUUCUCUAUCAAAAAUUAGUAAAUUUAUUGCAUAUAAUGCUGCCUGUACAACUGGGGUGUUCAGUUAACUCAAACUGUAGCUCCUGUGGUGAGUACAUCAGAUAAACAGUUGCAUAAAAUAAGGUAGCAAAUAAAGAUGAAAUCUUAUGCUUCCACAUUUGCUAAUUUUAACUUGCAGUCUUAACUGUAGCAUGCUACUGUCCCUUCCUGUAUAAUAAACUACACCAGUGACUCAGGCAAGUGUCCUCAAGGGACAAAAGCAAUCAUUUUGCUGAAAAUUUAUUCCCCCACACUACUCAAAGUAAGAGAAUCCUUUAAAUAUUCUUCUUGAUUAAAUAUUUUAAGUAAUUUCAGCAGAUGAAUCUGUCUCCAUUUUGAAACAAAUUAGAGUGACUAAAGAAGUGUUUCUGUGCACCUGCAUCUUUCACCAUUUCAGUCACACGAGAGCUUUCUUAGGCACAGACACAUUCUGCUUUUGUAAGAUAGUAACUGUUUCUAAUAUAUCCCAGUAUGUCUAUUAAGACUUAAAUAUAGCUUAUACAUUAAAUGCAACAGUUUCACAGUAAAGCAGCUAAACUGUAAUUCAGUUUAACUACAAUUAGCUUCAGGUCUUACUAUUAACAGAAAGUGCCAGACUGCAAAUAUAUGUAUAGUCAUAAAUUGAGGGUAACCUGUUAUUUAACAAAAAGGUAUUCUGCUAAAAUGUGAAGACAGUUACUUUGAGGGAGCUGAUUCUUUAAUAAACAAAUUGUCACCUUUUAUAUGCAAUUAAAAAUAACCUUUUCUAAACUUCA